ACUCUCUAUCGCAGUAUUAGCAGAGUAGUUAGUUCUACUUCUGAGUCUACAGUCCACCCAACACUGUUUUCACGGUUGGAUCCUCACGGAUCCCUUGGCAUUUACUGGAACUAAGAAAACUAUCUUCUCUCCUCUCCUAGAUCUCUCUUUCUUUCACUCUUCUGGUUCACUCUGGCAACCCUAGAAAAAUGUCUUACGCUCUCUCUUGUAUUCGUCUUCCUAAUGUAAUUCAACUUCCUAAUACUUCUACUAGUCGAUCAAGUUUUCAUGGUGGGGAUCGUCGGAGUUCCAAUCUAUCUCUUAUAUUAAAAAAUGACUCAAUUCCCACUAGAAAAAUUUGUGCCGGAAAGUCUCCUUUUGAUUCAGAAUCUUCAUCUGUAGCUGUCACCUCCUCUGAGAAAGUCCUUGUUCCUGGUGGGAAGGCCGAUGAUUCCUCGUCCUCCAGAGAUUCAGUUGAAACUUCUGAAGCUUUAUUAGAAGAAUCCCAGAUAUUACAAGAAGUAGCUGGUCUAUCCAUGGAGGAUGGUGGGGAUUCUUUGAAUGAAGAUGAUUUAGUUUCAUCCCAACUUGUAAGGGAUGGUGCGGUUGAAAGUGCGGAAGCUUCUGUUUGCUUGUAUACUGCAGAAAGUAACACAUUAAAUGUAGUAGGAUUCAUUCCUCCGCCUGGAACUGGGCAAAAGAUAUACGACAUAGAUCCAUUUUUGAAAACGCAUCGAGAACAUCUUGAUUAUCGCUAUUCACAAUACAAAAAAAUGCGAGAGAUGAUAGAUAAGUAUGAAGGUGGUUUGGAUGCGUUUUCGCGUGGCUAUGAAAAGCUCGGAUUCAACCGCAGUGCCGAAGGUAUAACUUAUAGGGAGUGGGCACCCGGAGCCAAGUCAGCCGCACUCAUAGGAGAUUUUAAUAAUUGGAACCCGAACGCGGACGUUAUGGCCCAGAAUGAAUUUGGUGUUUGGGAGCUAUUUUUGCCAAACAAUGCAGACGGAUCAGCCCCAAUUCCUCAUGGAUCCCGAGUGAAGAUCCGCAUGGACACCCCAUCAGGCAUUAAGGAUUCAAUUCCUGCUUGGAUAAAGUUCUCCGUACAAGCUCCAGGUGAAAUUCCAUACGAUGGCAUACACUACGAUCCUCCUGAAGAGGAAAAAUAUGUGUUUCAACACCCUAAGCCUAAAAAACCGGAAUCACUUAGAAUUUAUGAGGCACAUGUUGGAAUGAGUAGCACGGAACCAAGGAUAAAUUCUUAUGCGAACUUUAGAGAUGAGGUUCUUCCUCGCAUCAAAAAACUUGGAUACAAUGCUGUUCAACUUAUGGCCAUACAGGAGCAUUCAUACUAUGCUAGUUUCGGAUACCACGUCACCAACUUUUUUGCACCUAGCAGUCGUUGUGGAACUCCGGAUGAUCUCAAAUCUUUGGUAGACAAAGCUCAUGAGCUAGGUCUGGUUGUCCUCAUGGAUAUUGUGCACAGCCACGCAUCAAACAACGUACUGGAUGGACUGAACAUGUUUGAUGGGACUGACAGUCACUAUUUCCACUCUGGAUCACGAGGUUAUCAUUGGAUGUGGGAUUCUCGCCUUUUCAAUUAUGGAAGUUGGGAAGUACUGAGAUAUCUCCUUUCUAAUGCAAGAUGGUGGUUGGAUGAGUACAAGUUUGAUGGGUUCAGAUUUGAUGGGGUGACUUCGAUGAUGUACACUCACCAUGGGUUGCAGGUGGGAUUCACUGGAAACUAUAAUGAGUAUUUCGGGUUAGCAACUGACGUGGAUGCUGUGGUUUAUUUGAUGCUGGUAAAUGAUCUAGUUCAUGGGCUUUUUCCUGAGGCUAUCACUGUUGGAGAAGAUGUGAGUGGAAUGCCAACAUUUUGUAUACCUGUUAAAGAUGGCGGUGUAGGGUUUGAUUAUCGACUGCAUAUGGCUGUUGCUGAUAAAUGGAUUGAAAUUCUUCAGAAAAGAGACGAGGAUUGGCAAAUGGGUGAUAUUAUUUACACACUUACAAAUAGAAGAUGGUCAGAGAAAUGUGUUUGCUAUGCUGAAAGUCAUGACCAAGCUCUCGUCGGUGACAAAACUAUUGCAUUCUGGUUAAUGGACAAGGAUAUGUAUGACUUCAUGGCUUUAGAUAGACCUGCCACUCCAGUUGUGGAUCGUGGGAUCGCAUUACACAAAAUGAUCCGGCUAAUCACCAUGGGAUUAGGUGGAGAAGGAUAUCUGAAUUUCAUGGGAAAUGAAUUUGGACAUCCAGAAUGGAUAGAUUUUCCUAGGGGCGAGCAGCAUCUACCCGAUGGAAGGGUUAUCGCUGGGAACAACAACAGUUUUGACAAGUGCCGUCGGAGGUUUGACCUAGCAGACGCAGAUUAUCUGAGAUAUCAUGGCCUGCAAGAGUUUGAUCGGGCAAUGCAACAUCUCGAGGAGACAUAUAGUUUCAUGACUUCAAAACACCAAUAUAUAUCACGGAAAGAUGAAGGAGACAGGGUAAUAACCUUUGAGCGUGGAAACCUGGUUUUUGUUUUCAACUUUCAUUGGAGUAAUAGCUAUUCAGACUAUCGAAUAGGUUGCUUAAAGCCAGGAAAAUACGUGGUGGCUUUAGAUUCAGACGAUAAAGAAUAUGGUGGCUUUGAUAGAAUUGAUCACAACGUGGAGUACUUCAGCAAUGAGGGUUGGUUUGACAACAGGCCCAACUCGUUUCUGGUAUAUGCACCAUGUAGAACAGCAGUUGUCUAUGCUCUGGUCGAGGACUGAAUCAAGAUUAGUUAUGCUGUAGAGGAUGCUCAGUAAAUGCUACUUAUAUGCGUGCUGGCAAUCUUAGGGGUGUAAUUCCUCUGGGAGAAGAAACUUGCUUUAUCAUGUUUUGAGUACCACUUUGAACCUUGGUUGUGUAUCACUUGCUAUUUAUUGUAGAUAUUUUGUGCCACGGUUGGCUGGUUUUGGUCCAUCUCAGAGAUGUAAAAAGUGCAGAGGACAUGGAGAAAAAAGAAAGAAAGCGCUGCCACACGUGCGGCAUGCUGCUGCUGAUGAGCAAAUUGAUCCCCCCACUUUCUUCAUUUGAAGCUUUUUACCCGACUGUAAUGUGAAAAGGUUCCUGCCUAAUUUCCAGAGAAAUAAAUUAUGUUAUGUGUAAUGGAUGAUUCUGUCACACCUCCAACUUAUUUGUUUGGUGUUUACUGUAUAGCAUGGUGCUUAUCCGCAUGGGAUUUUUCGUAUAAUAAUCCAAUAAUAUCAGGUUA